AAGAAACAUCGCUAUUGUAUCCGCAUCUGUUGUGAUUGUGAAAUUGCUUGCAAUAAAUGCGUACUAAAUUAUAUGUUAAGCGUUUGUUUUGUUUCGUUUGUUUGCAUUAAUUAGCAGUCAAUGCAAUUUAGAGUAAAUACAUAAUUUGAGUUAAUUUACAAUUUAUAGUUUCGAAAACAGUCCAAAUAAACAAAAGACCCGCGCAUUUUUUGGCACAACAACAACAAACAUAGUUAAGGAAUUUCGUUUAUUUUCAAUUUAAAAUGGGCCGUGGUAAAAUUCGAAAGAAACAAUUGCGUUCGGAGUCAGAUAGUGAUGACGGGCCAGCAAGUAAAAAGAGGUUUACGGAAAAUGCUGAAGUCGAAGACAACAGCGAAAAUGAAGAGAUGAACCAUGAACCAUCAACAUCAUCUGCGGCUAUGGCGGAAAAUCGUAGUGUCGGAAAUUCGAAUUCAAUGAGAGGAUGGGUUAGACGGGAGUCUUUUGAAGAACCAUCGAUGGGACUUGAUGUUGACAAUCCCUUCAAUCGUUGUGGCAAAAUUAUCUCAAUGCGUUUGAGAAACUUUAUGUGCCACUCCAAUUUUCGCAUCGACUUUGGGCCAAACAUUAAUUUUCUCGUUGGCAGCAAUGGUAGCGGCAAAAGUGCUGUGAUAACAGCUCUAGCUUUAGCGAUGGCCGCAAGUGCCAGAUCCACAAGUCGAGCUAGCAGCAUUCAGAAACUUAUUAAAAACGGCGAGACGACCGCUACCAUAGAGCUGACAUUGAGCAACACUGGAGUACGUCCAUAUAAGUAUAAUAUGUAUGGUCCUCAUAUGACUGUUAUACGCCACAUCCGGCAGGCGUCGUCGACCUACGAGCUAAAGGAUGCGCGCAGACAGACGGUGUCGCGAAAGUUGGAUGAUAUACGCCGCAUGCUCUUAUACUUUGGCAUCAGCGUUGAGAAUCCCAUCUUUGUACUUAAUCAGGAAGCUUCGCGCGAGUUCCUCAAAGAUCUCGAGCCGGCUUCGAAUUAUAAAUUGCUUAUGAAGGCAACGCAGCUGGAUUUAUGCGCUAACAGCUUAACGCAAUGUCAUGAGCAAAGUGAACACUUUAAUCAGGAUGUGGACAUACUUCAAAUGAAAAAGAAAAAGCUGUCAAAUGCGUGCCGGGAGGAGGAGGAAAAGUUAACAAUGCUCAAAAAUAAAGAAGCUAUAAAGGUUCAAUUAAAAGAUGCUAAUACCAUGCUGGCCUGGUUAAAAGUAACUAGAAUUCAGACUGAACUCACGAAAAUGGAGCAUUCUCUUAAAAUCAUUGAGAAGAAGAACUGUGAACUAUUGGAGAAAACAACGCAAAAAGACUUGACCCAAGAUUCCCUUUCAAAACAAGUAGAAGUUUUUAAUGCUGCGAAGGAAGAAAUACAAAAGAGAUAUGAAGCUCAAGAUGCUAAGCUAAGAUCCGCAAAACGAGUCUUUCAAGAUUGCCUCAUGAAAGGCAGUUCAAUCAGAGCAAAUAUUAAUAAUGUAGAUAAACGACUGAAGGAAGAAGAGGCUACCUACGAAGGCUGUAAAAGGCAUAUGAAUAACUAUCAUGCUGACUAUACCGAGGUCAAGCGACUGCGAGAGAGCAAUAACGCCAAACUGGUGGAGCUCAAAGCAAAGGUGGAAGAAAACAAUAAUCUCAUUGCACAGCUGCGAGAAGAACAGAACGACAUGAAGGGUCGUUUGCCGGCUGCUAAAGAGCAUGUGGAAUAUGUGAGAAAUGAGCUCGUCCAAUUGCAAAAAAAAGAACAAUCGCUGCAAUUUGAAAUGGAAUCGCUGUUGCGCAAUAAAUCGAAUAAGAUGUCUGUGUAUGGUGACAAUGCACUAAAAGUAGCUAUGGCUCUGAAGAACCAAUACGGGAAGAACGAUCACCUAAUGCCACGCGGACCGAUUGGCAUGUAUAUAACAGUGCCUAAUUCCAAGUACCGAGACCUGAUCGAAAAUCAACUGUCGCAUUGUUUACGUUCCUAUAUUGUUAACAGCGACAAGGAUCGCAUAUCAUUACGAGCUAUUUUGCAAAGAACAUAUACAAGCGGCAUACCCACAAUUGUCACUAGUGCCUUUUCGAAUCGGGUUUACAAUGUUUCCAAGCAUAAAGUACAAGCCAGUGGACCAAACAUGACAGUGCUGAUGGAUGAGAUAAGGUGUGAUGAUCCAGUUGUAAUGAAUUAUCUUAUUGAUACCAUGCGCAUUGAGACGGUGUUGGUUACCGAUUCCAAAGAGACAGCCGAAUUUCUGACUUCUAAUUCCGAAAAUAUACCACCAAAUAUGUCUCGGAUAUUGGUGCCAAAUCUUGGACUGGAAUAUUGUCCUUCGCCAAACUAUGCCGUUUACUCCAUUCGCAUAAAUUCAGCCAGAUUCAUUCAGGUCAAUGUUGAUGAUCGAAUUCAACAAAUGAAUGCCGAGCAAGCAAAUGUACGGGAGCGCAGUGCGAUGCUACAGCCCCAAUACGCUGAUUUUAAAAGAGCGCUUGAUAUCGAUAUCCAAGCGAUAAAGCAAAAGAGUGCGCAAAUUGAGGCACAUCAUUCCGAGAUAACAAAAUCCUUACCAAAAAUUAUGGAUAUAGAAAAUUUCGAAUACCGCGAAUUACCCGCACUAAAUGUGCUUGAAACCCAUUUAGCCAGCAGUGCUGAGAAAAUGGAAAAGUGCAAGCAGGAAUACAAACAUUUUGAAGAACAACUACGAGAGAUCAAUGAACGUAAAGCGCUCGCUGAACAUGAAGUAAAUGGUGAACAAAGUGCACUCCACCUAAUAAACAAAAAGCAUUGGGAAAUUGACGCAGAGCAACAAGAAUUGCAAAAUAAAAUUCGCGAUUUAGAUCGUAAUUUUGAGGAAAAUCAGCGACGUUUCAAGAGAACAAAUGAAUUGAUGCAAUCGAUGUUAAGAGAACAAAAGGAUUUGAAGAUGAAUUUAGAAAAUGCACGUCAAGAGGCCGAAAAAUUUGGUGACUUCAUCGAAACGAAUAAAACGGAGGAGAAAAUUCGCGAUAAGAUCAGUAAUUAUAAAGCAAAGAUCAAACAUUUCGAGUCUAUGAAUAUUGUCAGUGAAGAGGUGCAAACCAAACUGACAUCACUUCACGAAAAUCUUCAAGCACUAACAGAACAUUUGAAUCAAAUUUUAAGUAUUGUGGAAAAAUUGCGUUUAGCAUAUCGUACUCGCGCCCAGCGCUUCUUACGCUCGCGAUUUCACUUUUUUACCAUGGUUCAAUUUCAAUUCAAGCAAGCGCUCGCGUGUCGAAGAUUUGAUGGAGAUUUGACACCUGAUCAUAAGCAAAAAACGUUAGAAAUAAAAGUUUACCCUCCGAGUGGUAAUAAGACGGCCAAUACGAAAAGUUUAUCCGGCGGCGAAAGGUCAUUCACGACGGUUUCCUUAUUGAAAGGUCUUUGGAGUACCUCUGAUCAUCCAUUUUAUUUUUUAGAUGAAUACGACGUUUUUACAGAUGAAGUGAAUCGGACGUUUAUUACAAAACUACUUAUACAAGAGGGUUUGGAUUUUCAAAACAGACAGUAUUGUUUUCUCACACCUCAGGACACUAAAGUUGAUGCCCACCCCUUGAUUAAAAUUCACAAACUAGCGACACCAGAACAUUAAAGUGUGACAGGAAGUUGUAAAGUUGCUAGACAACGAUAUGGCGUUUCAAAAAAUUUGAUUUGUUACAUUAUUAUUAUUUACAAUAAAGUUUAGUGUUUAAUAAAUGUGAGGAUAUAUUACUAUU